CUGCAAACUGAAAUCUAGACUGAAGACAGACAUGACCUCCUUCAAGCUCGUGUUCCUUGUAUUCCUUCCGCUGCUCGGCACUGCCAAAGGAAGAUUUGUGGAUCUAGAACAAGUGCAGGUGAAUCAUGAGGACACUGAUGUUGUUGUGGAUGAUGAUGCCUGUCAAGACUGCAUUCAUAUUAUUGAGCUCCUGAAACACCUGAUGUUAGAUGAACAGUUUCAGGUGAAGCUGAAGACCGCUCUGGAGGCGAUGUGUGAGUCACUGCCUAAAGAAAUCUCAAAGAUGUGCCAUGAUCAGGUGGAGAGCAAGCUUCCUCUUGCCCUGACUUUCAUCACCAGCCUGAUGGUUCCUAAUGAUGUGUGCUCUUAUAUUGGCCUGUGUAAUGGCCAGUUGAGGGGGCAGAUCCACGACCUGCUGAUGAAUCACAUGCAGAAGACCAUCGGGGUCCCCACUGCUACACUGAACUCCUCCAUUCCGUGCACAGUUUGCACAUAUAUCGUGGAUGUACUGCAGUGUCUCAUCCCCAAAACAGAGACUCUUAUCACCACUCUGCUCAGCGAUGUGUGCCAGAUCCUCCCUCCGCUGGUGCGGGGCCAGUGUGCAGGGAUGGUUAAGAAAUAUGUGAAGAUGCUGAUCAAGAUCGUGCUGGACAUCGUUUCCCCCGACUCCCUCUGCUCUGUCCUUCGCUUGUGUCCAAACAUGGAAACGUCUGAAAGAGCGGUGUUUGCUCUUUCUGACUGCGACUUGUGUCUGACUCUGGUUGUUCUGACCCGUCUGAGUCUGGGCAAGAAUGCCACAGAGCUCCAGGCUGCCUCCUUCCUCCACACCGUCUGCCAGUCUCACCCCAAUGCCCUGCCAAAGUGUGAGAGCUUCACUCAGCACCAUGGCAACCAGAUUCUGGGGCUUCUGGGUAAAGAGAUGACAGCUAUGGAAACAUGUGAGAUGGCUGCCUUCUGUCAGAAGACCAUGCGGAACUAAAUAUUGAAGUGAACUUCACACAGAGGACUUUCAGCUUUUCUUUUCAUCGCAAACUGCAUGUCAGUCACUUAAAGCCUGAUGGUCUUAUGAUGGUCUGACCAGCACUCUGACCUCUUCUCCAAAAUCUCUAUGGUUAUAUUUGUUUUUAUAAUCUGGGCUACAAUUCGAUCUGUGUCGUGACACGCGCCACAAGUCAUUCUGGCCUCUGUUAUUGCUAAGACAAACAAGAUAAAGCGGCUUUGAUUUUGUGUGUAAACAUGUUCUGUUGGAUGAGCAAGCUGAGUUUACUAUGACCUGAGCACUAUUAUUGAUUUAAUGGCAUUCACGUGAUCUGGGUUUUUCCUUUUUGCAAUAACUUGCACAAUAACCAUUCACACCACUCAAGUCAAAGUCCUGACACAAACAAACACAAACAAGUCCUGACAUAAUCAAAAUGAAUGAUUUUGUACUUGAUUCAAGACAUGAAUGUCAACAGCAACAUUAAAGCAUCUUUACUAGUGUGAAUAAAACUGAGUGAUUCUUGGA